AUGAGCACAAAAUAUGUGCCGGUUGUGAUGACAUUACUGUGCACCGCUUCUCCGGGUAAAGCACGGACUAAUCCAGUUGAAUUUUAUUCGACCUUCAGUGGCACUACUUAUCGUUAUCAAACACGAAUCACGGUGGUGCUGUUCGUGACGACUGCUUGUCAAGGCUGUGCGAUGUACUGGAAUUACAGGAAGUUGCGCGAGCAUCUGAGGUUAAUCGGUCGUGCGAUCAAUGAUACGCCAGCGUUGGUCAUUCCCGAUUUGGGCCAUACCUCGAUCCGAUUUUAUGGUCUCGAAUACCAUUUAUCCGCUUAUGACGACAUAACUGAACCACCCAGCAAGAGGAAAUUAUGCCGUUUGCGUACUGCUGAAACUAAGUUACUGACAGCCAACGGCCAAUCAGUUUUAGAGGAUCCGUCACUCACUGGGCAGCUUGCUGGACGAAAAGAAUGUGGACAAACCGGAAUUGCUGGGAUUGAUUUCAACGUAAUCGUUGCGACACGAGUUCUGUUUCAUUCUGGGCUAACAACUUUCAUGCAAUUAACAGCUACAUUGCAGUGGAUUCAUGCAACAAGAAUUUAG